GUCCGGGUCGAAUUUGCCGCCAUCUUCCACUAUGCCCCAAAAUCAUUCCAAUUUCCUUUUCGCUCUCUUUCUCCGCCGAUGGCAACGGUAACGAAACUGAACUUGAAGGCCGAGACCGACGAUUGUCGUCUCCAUCGUGAAUCUGAGAAUGAGUUGGAAGAGAAUGAAGCAGUGGCGGCGGCGACAAGAGAUUCAAAAACAAAGAAAGUUGUUGUAGAAUUAGGUAACGGAAGCCAAGUAAUAUACAUGCCUAGGUUUUUAGCAUACGACCAGUCGUGGAAUUAUUUAGAAUAUUUAAACAAAAAUAUACCGUGGAACCGUCCCACUAUUCGCGUCUUCGGUCGAUCUUGUGUCCAGCCUAGAGACAGUUGUUAUGUUGCAAGUGAAGGGCUACCACAACUAGCUUAUAGUGGAUACCAGCCUCAUGCAUAUUCUUGGGAUGAAUAUCCUCCGCUUAAGGACAUACUGGAUGCUGUUCAUAAAGCUCUUCCGGGAAGUCGUUUCAACAGCUUACUAUUGAAUAGGUAUAAGGGAGGCGAUGACUAUGUGGGUUGGCAUGCUGAUGAUGAGAAACUUUAUGGACCAACUCCAGAAAUUGCUUCCCUUUCCUUUGGAUGUGAACGUGAAUUCUUGUUGAAGAAAAGACCAGAUAAAACACCUCGAGGUAAAACAACCAGCGGUGAACCGCCCAAAAAGCGACCGAAGAAGAAUCGCUCUCCAGACCAACACUCAUUUGUCCUAAAACAUGGUUCAUUGCUGGUAAUGAGAGGCUAUACUCAGCGGGAUUGGCUUCAUUCAGUGCCUAAGCGCGUGAAAGCAGAUUCAGUACGGAUUAAUCUCACCUUCAGGCUUGUUCUUUGAACACUACCGUGUAUCAAAUGCACUUCUUAAUUGUAUAUAACUGGGGUUUGGAAUCUUAUGAAGUGCACUCAGCAACAAAAGGAAGGUGGUUUUGAGUUUGUGUGAGAUGAAAUUUACUACUACUACUAGAUCUGUUUUUUCCCUUCCUUUUCCGCUAGUUCCCUCCCCAGACCCCACGGGUUUGUUGUUGUUUGUUGUUGUUCCGCUAGUUGUAGGGAGAGCAUCUAUCUUCAGUCUGAUGGCACAAUGAUACGUGCUCCGUGUUGUACACCUUCUGGUUGUAGAGGAAAUUUUGACUUAUAAACAGAGUUCACCGCACAGAUUCUGCAAUCAUGUAGAGAAAGGUUUAUCUUUUCCAGGCU